UUUUUAGCGCCAUUGAAGGGGGUUUCCAAUAGUCUCUCACAGAUCUAGUCUUCUAGAAACAGGUCGUCCGAGGUUUUUCUCUUUCCUCUGUCCCUCAUUUCCUUCGCCAGAAAGCAAAUGCAACGCUUUUAUAUGGCCUAUCAAUCCUAAUCAGAAACUUUUGCCCCAUUUGCUCUGCUUCUCUCUCUCUCUCUCUCUCUCUCUCUCUCUCUCUCUCUCUCUCUGUGGGCACAAUCUACAAGAACCUGAAGUAGUUUUGCACUUUCAGGGUCUGAGCUCCCACCAGUAACAAUUUCCAAACAUACCCACUUUCUAGUUUGCAGAUCAUCUCACCCUGUCUCUGUUCAGUCUCUGUUUCCAUCGAAGCAUCCAGAACUUUUCUGUCUCUGGGCACAAUUUGCAAUACCCUGAAGAAAUUUUGCACUUUCAGGGUCUGAACUCGCACAAAUCACAAUUUCCAAGCAUACCCACUUUCUAGUUUUUUCAGUUUCAUUUAGUCUGUCUCUGUUCAUUCUCUGUUUCCGUCCAAGUUCCCAGAACUUCUCAGCUCUCUCUCUCUCUCUCUGGGCACAAUCUGCAAAACCCUGAAGGAAAUUUUCCACUCUUACGUUCUGAAUUCGAACAAAUUACAGUUUCUAAACAAACCCACUUUCUUGUUGUCAGCUUCAUUUCAAUCUGUGUCUGUUCAUUCUCUGUUUCCAUCCAAGCUCCUUGAAAUCCCUCCAACACCUCAAAAAGUCGCAAGCUUUACGUCUGUUUUCAUUCAAUUUCUGGGCAUCGAUCGAUCAGUGACAUUAACCAUGUCGACGCCGUCAGACUCACAGCAGCAACAGCCACCGCCGGCGACGGUGAGCCAGCAGGCAUACACCGCCCAUUCGGGUCACGGGUCGGUCGGACCCGUGAUCGCCGUUCUUGCAGUGAUCGCCAUCUUGGGCGUAAUAGCCGGCAUGAUUGGGAGGCUCUGUUCGGGUCGACGGGUCUUAGGUUACGGGCAGUACGACGUGGAGGGGUGGAUUGAGAGGAAAUGUUCGUCUUGCCUCAACGGCAGAGUCGGGGCUCCGCCGGCGCCGGCCGCGGCCGCAGGGAUUGAAGGUUCCGGUGGGUCUGCACCGGCGCUAGCUGCGGCGGAGAAGAGUGGAGAGAUACAGCAGGAAGGACAGAUGCCUGGUCAUGAUCCACCCGUCGGUGAAGGAUCCUGACACGGUUGCAUGUAUAUUUUUUUUAUUUUUCUUUUUAGGCUUUUGUUAAUUUCUUUUCUUUUUAGGAAAUGUUUUUUUUUUUUUAAAUCGUUUUGGGUUUAUGAGCUUCA